GCUCUCAGCCUCUCUCCACCUGCAAGAUGCUCUCCUCGGAUCAGCUGGGUCCCCAGUGGGACUGCCCCCUGGGCUCCAAGGGCCUGGAAGACAAGGAGGGCCCAUGGGGAGGAGGCUCGGGCCUGCCACCCCCAGACUGCUUCCCUGGCUCCUGGCGCCUCGACGUGGGCCUGGACUGCAAGGGCUCCCCCGAAGGGGCAGAGGCGCGGGCCUGGACUGCCUACUACUACAGCCUCCUGCAGAGCUGCCUGCAGCAAGCUGGCCUUCCGGAGACCCAGGACCGCAGCCAGGUGCCCCGCACAGGCUGCCCUGGGGCAGAGGUGACCUUAUGCGUUCUGGGAUCCCCCAGCACCUUUCUGUCUGUGCUGCUGGAGGGUGGGGUCCAGAGUCCCGGAAACAUGCUGCUUUGCCUGUCCCCUGCGUGGCUGACAAAGGUGCCGGCACCGGGGCGGCCAGGAGAGGCGGCCCUGCUGGUUUCCAAGGCAGUGAGCUUCCACCCGGGGGGCCUGACCUUCCUGGAUGACUUCGUCCCCCAGCGCCAAGCCACCUACUUCCUGGUGGGCCUGGGACCGGGGCCUGGCCAGGGGCGGGAAGCUGCUGAGCUCGCUCGCGACCUCACCUGCCCUACCGGAGCCUCCGCAGAGCUGGCCCGGCUGCUGGAGGACCGGCUGCUGAGCAGGCACUUGCUGGCCCAACGAGGCGGCGUGGCUGUGCCAGCUACCCUGGCUUUCACCUACAAGCCACCCACACUGCUCCGGGGAGGGGAUGGCAGCCCAGGACUCCGGCUGGUGGAGCUGAGUGGCAAAGAGGGCCAGGAGACACUGGUCAAGGAGGAAGUAGGGGCCUUUCUACACUCGGAGGCCCUGGGUGAUGCCCUGCAGGUGGCCAUCAAGCUCAGCAGCUGGCGCUGGCGGGGGCGGCAGGCACUCCGUCUGCACCCACGAGCAGAGGUGGGCACAGUGGCGGACACGGUGGUGGCAUUGCUGGAGAAACUGGAGGAGGAGGAGAGUGUCCUGGUGGAGGCUGUGUGCCCACCUGCCCGGCUGCCCUCCCCAGGAAAUCCCCCGCCAGGUCCGGAGCUGGCUUUGCGGAUCUGUGCUGUGGUGUGUCGGACACAGGGUGACAGGCCCCUGUUGAGCAAGGUGGUGUGCGCGGUGGGCCGGGGGAACCGGCCUCUACGGCACCAGAACUUGUGUUGCCCUCCUGUGAUUUUGCAGCUGCACCUGGUGGAGUCAGACCCCAACCACUUCGCCUCCCAGCUGGUGCAGACCUUCAUCCACUUUGAUGUGACGGAGCACAGGAGGGAUGAGGAGAACGCACGGCUGCUGGCCGAGCUGGUGCGGGCACGUGGCCUGCAGCUAGAUGGCUGCUUCUCCUACUGGGACGACUGCCUGGUGCUCACAGCCUUGCUCUGCCAGGAGCUGGGUCUGCCCUGCAGCCCCCCGGCUGCCAUGCGCUUGGCCAAGCAGAAGAGCCGCACCCAACUGCACCUGCUGCGACGCCAAGGCCCACCCUGGCCCUCGCCCUCCCUCCAUGCUGUGCCUUGCUGCCCCCUGGAGAGUGAGGCUGACGUGGAGAGGGCUGUCCGCCAGGUGCCCCUGCCCGGGGUCAUGAAGCUGGAGUUUGGAGCGGGCGCAGUGGGCGUGCGGCUGGUGGAGGAUGCACGGCAGUGCCACCAGCACUUUUCACGCAUCGCCCACGACCUGCAGGGUGAGGCCGAUCACCCUGGCAUUGGGCUGGGCUGGGGCAACUCCAUGCUGCUGAUGGAGUUCAUCGAGGGCACGGAGCACGAUGUGGACGUGGUGCUGUUCCGUGGGGAACUGCUGGCUGCCUUUGUCUCUGACAAUGGCCCCACGCGGCUGCCUGGCUUCACGGAGACGGCGGCCUGCAUGCCCACCGGGCUGGCUCCGGAGCAGGAGGCGCAGCUGGUGCAGGCGGCCUUCCGCUGUUGCCUGGGCUGCGGGCUGCUGGAUGGGGUUUUCAAUAUAGAGCUCAAGCUGACCGGGGCUGGGCCUCGGCUCAUUGAGAUCAACCCCCGCAUGGGUGGCUUCUACCUUCGAGACUGGAUCCUGGAGCUCUACGGUGUGGACCUGCUGCUGGCUGCGGCGAUGGUGGCCUGUGGCCUGCGGCCUGCCGUGCCCCCUCACCCACGAGCCACUGGCUACCUGGUGGGUGUCACUGGCCUAGUGUCCCAGCACCUGCAGGUGCUGCGCUCCACUGCCAGCCAAGAGGCUCUGCAGGCUCUUCACGACCGGGGCCUGCUGCGCUUCAGUCAGUUUACAUCUUUAGAGGAGGCCCAGGUGCCUGGCGAGUAUGAGGAGCCCUACUGCAGUGUGGCCUGUGCUGGGCCCAGCCCGGCCGAGGCCCGCCUCCGCCUGCUGGGACUCUGCCAGGGCCUGGGCAUCGAUGGGCCCCACUACCCCGUUGCCCACUUCCUGUCCCACUUCAAAUAGCACUGGUGUCAGGGGGCAGGGCCAGAGUGCUGGAGGGGUGCGGUGCUGCCUUCAGCUUCCUGACACUCUCCCUGCCUCUCCACCCAUCGCCCUGUCCCAGCCCUGGCCUGGCCCACUCCUAGGCCUCAGGUUCGUUCCAGAGUGGCAGGGCCAUUUUGACACCAAGGCCUCCUGGGAUUAAGGGCCAUAAAA